AAUGAGCUGUCAAACCGGUACAGAGCGCGCACCCUGUACUAUAAAAAGUUUUUUUUUUCACAAAAAAGUCGAGAAGGUUUUUUCUAACAAUUUCCAGAAAUUGCAUUCAAUUAAACUCAAGUUCCGCCGGUGAAUCGAUUCUUUUAAAAUUUAAAGAAUUCACCAGUUGCCGAUAGAUUCUUAGUGUCUGAAAAUAAGCCAAGUGCAUCGAAACACUCAUACAAUAUGCCUGAACAAGAAGUACCCGGCCAAAUUGAUUUGUCUGGCGAUGGGGGAGUUUUAAAGACUAUGAUCCAGGAGGGAAAUGGUGACGAAAAGCCGCACGAUGGUUGCACGGUGUCAUUGCAUUACACUGGCACGCUGGUCGAUGGAACUGUAUUCGACUCGUCCGUUGAACGGAAUGAGCCGUUUGAGUUUGAAUUGGGCAAAGGUAGAGUCAUUAAGGGAUUCGAGAUGUUCAUACCGACGAUGCGAAAGGGAGAAAAAUCGGUUCUUACAUGUGCGCCUGAGUAUGGUUAUGGGCCAGCUGGCAGUCCGCCAAAAAUACCCGCAAAUUCAACGUUGCGAUUCGAGCUGGAACUACUAGGAUGGAAGCCAGAAGAUUUGAGCCCUAAAUCAGACGGUGGAAUCAUUCGUUACAUCAUCACACCCACAACGAAGAAAGGAAAAACUCCCAAUGAAGGUGGCUUGGUUGAAGCUCAUUUGAUCGGCAAAUUUGAAGAUCGAAUUUUCGAUGAACGCGACGUUUCAUUCGUAAUCGGCGAGGUGUCCGACGAUGAAAUCAUCACCGGUGUACAAACUGCGCUCCAAAAGUUCGGCAAAGACGAGACUUCGCGACUGGUCAUCAAACCGGAGUAUGCGUUUGGUGUAAAGGGUCACAAGGAAUGGAACAUUCCAUCGAAUGCAACGGUUGAGUACACAUGUACGUUGAAGAAUUUCGAAAAGGAAGUGAAAGCGUGGAAAUUGAAUGAAGAGGAAAGCAUCGAGCAAGCCAAGAUCUACAAGGAAAAGGGGACGAAAUUCUUGAAAGAUGAGAAAUUCACAUUGGCCAUCAAGAUGUAUGAGAAGAGCAACAGCUUUCUGUCGAAUUGCAGUAAUGAUGAAUCGAAGAUCCUGAAAGCUGCCGUGUUUUUGAACAUUGCCUUGUGCUACAGUAAAUUGGAAGAUCAUUUUGAAGUCAAGAAAGCGUGCAACACCGUCCUAGAGAUCGAUUCGAAGAAUGUCAAGGCAUUGUAUCGGCGAGGAACGUCCUGUCUGAAAUCUGGUGAGACGGAAACUGCGCUAGCUGAUUUCAACAAGGUUCUCGAAAUUGAGCCGCAAAACAAGGCUGCCAUGAAUCAAGUUACGCUAUGUAAGAGAGUGGUGAAAGAGUCACACGAGAAGGAGAAGAAGCUGUACGCAAACAUGUUCACCAAAUUUGCCAACGUCGAUAACGAGUAAUACCCAUUCUUCCCAAAAUAAUCAACCAACAACCCAACAUCAUUGCCAACAAAUUUAUACACACCAAUAAACACGGAUACACUACAUGCCUUCACUCGAAUAACAGAAAGAAAUAAAAGAUCGUAACAAAGACGACGUUUUGACAUCAUGCGGCGAAUGGAAUAUGGACGAUGAAGCGCGCAACGAAGCUUCCAAAGCUUUCGAAGAGGUCGAUCAAAAUGUUGUCAUGAUUUAAAUUUGAACUAAAUUGAUUGUAAUUGAUUCCAAUUUGGGGGCAAAAUUUAAUUGCAUUCGUAGCCGAAGAGGGAGGGGGGAUUGGAUUGCUUAAUUUUACGUUGUAUAAUCAAAACUAGUGUUUGGGAUUUGCAUUUUUCAAUUUUUUGUAUUAUACGAGUGUACCACGAAAAA